AUGAGCAUAUCCAAUACCCGUAAGUUAGACAUAACCACUACUACUAGUGAACUCACAACAACCACAACAGUAGCACCAACAACCUCAACAGUAGCACCACCACCAACAACAACAACAACAGUAGCACCACCACCACCAACAACAACAACAGUAGCAUCACCACCAACAACAACAACAGUAGCACCAACAACAACAACAGUAUCUCCCUUUAUAUCAUCAUUUAAUAAAAUAAAUAUUUUAUUGGCACGAAAUGUUCGACUAAAACCUACAUCAUCACCAAGUGAUUAUUCCGCGAAAAUAACCUGCGAUGAUCCUAGUAUUCUUCCUUAUGUUCAAGCCUAUGUUACUCCAGAUUCGACAUUAAUUGUUUCAGCAACAACCGAUUGUGAUGUUCUUAUUCAAGCCUUUACUUAUGAAAAAAUACAUAUUGACAGUGUACUGAAAUUAGCCAUGACAGAUUAUUCAUAUAAGGGAUAUCAAUUAACAUUACUCAGCAUGGGAAAUUCAGAGAUUUAA